AUGGCAAAACCCUCGCAAUCCAGAUACAUUUUCACGUUUUUUCAUCACAUUGUAUCAGAAGCCCCAGGAGCCAGUAAUGGAAUUUCCCAAAUCAUCGGAAAAAACCCUAAAUCAAUCAACACCCGCACAUCUUCCUCAUGGCUAUUAAAUCCCCAAAGAUCCCAUUUUUCGUCGUCAGCCAGCACUCCAGGUAUUCGCCGAAAUUCCGACAUACAAGCCAAAUUUUCGCCGGCCGGAAACUUGUUGACGCGCAGGUACGUUUCCUUCACGAAUCCCAAGAUGGGUUCCGGCAAUCUUGUGAAGAAGAUGGUGAAAAACCCUGCUUUGUUCUUUAAGGGUGGGUUGGGGAGGUAUAGGGAGGCAUUGAGGCUGCAAAUCGAGGCCUUCUUGAGGAGGAAUUAUCUGGCGGUGGCCGGUGCAGGCGGGCUUGCAGUGUGCGUUGUGCUUUGGCGGGUGCUAUUUGGGGUGGCAGAUGUUAUUGUUGGUUUCUCAGAGGGCAUGGCUGAGUUUGGAUUUCUGGCGCUGUCAUCUGCCGUGGUCGUGUUUAGCGGCUUGUACCUUCAUUCGAGAUUCAACAUCAAUCCGGAUAAAGUUUACAGAAUAGCCAUGAGGAGGCUAAAUACCUCUGCUGGAAUUCUUGAGGCCAUGGGUGCACCACUCAGAGGUACGGAUGUGAGAGCAUACGUGAUGUCUGGUGGGGGCAUUACACUGAAGAAUUUCAGUCCGAGGCUAAGAAGCAAAAGGUGCUUUCUAAUUUUCCCAAUACAAGGCUCGGAGAGAAAGGGACUAGUCAGUGUUGAAGUCAGGAAGAAGAAAGGACAGUAUGAUAUGAAGCUACUGGCGGUGGAUGUUCAGGUGGCGGGUGGACCCGAUCAACGACUGUUCUUGACGGGAGAUGAGGAAGAAUACAAGAUCGGUGAUGGGCUCAUAUCAGAACUGCGGGACCCGGUUGUCAAGGCAAUGAGUGCUGCUAAAGAGCUUGAGGCACAUGACUUAAAGGAGGACGAGGAGGAUGAACAAAGGGAAAUCCAAGAAGCUGAAAUAAGAAAAUCGACAGGAAAAUGA